AGGAAUCUUAAAUACAAAACCCAAAGAAGAGCAUGACAGCUCUUCUGAGGAGCCUUCUGGCUGCCUCAGAGAAAGCUGCCUGCAUUGCCCAGCUAUGUCGCCAAGAGGAGACACUCUUCAGCCUGCUCAUCGAGGAGAAGAGAGGUGCAGACAAGAAUAAGAAGUUCUUGCAGGACUUUAAGACAUUGGCAGACGUGCUAAUCCAAGAAGUCAUCAAACAUGACGUGGGAAAAGAGUUUCCAGAACUACAAGAUCACAUUCGUGGCGAGGAGUCCAACAAAUUUGAAAAUGGCCUUGGUGAGAUUGUAGUGGUGCGGGUUUGCCCCACCCAACAGGAAACUGCUGCCCUGCUGCAGAAAGUUCUGGAUCGGAAACAGAUGGCAGCUGAAUUGUUGGCAUCCGCUGUUCAUCAGGAAAUAGUGCUUUCAGACCCAGCACUGGACAAUGUGGAUGUGACCAUCUCCACAGAGAGCUUGGCUGUAUGGAUUGACCCCAUAGAUUCCACUAAUCAGUACAUUCGUGGGUGUGGCAGUGUGAUGCCUGUGAAUGGCAUCUAUCCAUCUGGACUUCACUCAGCGCUUGUGCUGAUAGGAGUAUACAAUCGUCAUUCGGGAGAGCCUGUCCUUGGCAUCAUCAAUGAGCCUUUCUUUCAGGAGGAGCUGGCAACACACAGGUGGCAGAGCAAAUACCACUGGGGCAUUUCCUAUGGAAGCACCAAGCUAAGCUCGCUGAGCCAACCCCGGCACCAGCCUUCCUCCUGCGUGGUGCUGAGCAGCAAUGAGACCACUGUGUUGCAGAAAGCGCUGGCCCCUCUAUACGGUGAGAGGCUCUGCUUUGCUUCAGGUGCUGGCUACAAGAUGCUCUGUGUCGCCCUGGGCCUUGCCGAUGCUUACGUGCUUUCCGAAGGCAGCACCUUCAAGUGGGACUCGUGUGGGCCCCACGCCAUUCUGCGAGCCCUCGGGGGAGGCAUCAUCGAUCUUUCAGCAGCCCUGAAGGUUUGGCGUGCUGGGCAACACAAGAAUUUGCCCGAACUGACCUAUAACAAGCCCAUAGAGGGCGCUGUGGGUGCUGAGCGCUGGGCAAAUCAAGGAGGGCUUAUAGCCUACGUCUGCCACAAGCAUCUCGAGGCUGUGAUGGUCACACUAGCAAAUGCGACAUAUACUUUCUAAAACACAUCAGUACAAAUUAGUGGGAGCAUUUGCCUGUGUAUGAGGGGAAGAAGAAGGCAGUCUCUAACUGAGGAAAGAUAAGGUUCUUAAUUUUUUAAAAUGGGCCAAUCAAAUGUUUAGGGCAGCAGUAUGACAGCCUAGGAUAAGAAUGCUAGAAAUGUCAUGCUUUUUGACCUCCUGCUUUUCCAUGCCGGAUGCAUCUAUAAAAUUUUCACUUCUCAUGCUGGGUGCGCAGUAGGGAAAGGAUUUCUUUAAUUGUUCCUGGUGUAUCAUUUUUCUUCUGUGGGUAAUGUGUAUCAUCAAUACGUAUCGGGACCAUUGAAUAAUCCCUGUUUAAGUACCCUUUGUGUUUAGUAUGGGGUACAGCUCAAGAUUUCUUGCUGCUGUUUUCUGGAUAAGCACAAUUUUUGCAAGGCACAGACCAGAAGCCUUGAUGGUGCAGUGGUUAAAGUGCAGUAUUGCAGGCAAACUCUGCCCAUAGCUUGGAGUUCAAUCCUGACGGGGCUCAAGGUUGACUCAGCCUUCCAUCCUUCCAGAUUGUU